ACACACACCACACACACACACACACACACACACACACACACACACACCACACACACACACAACACACACACACACACACACACACACACACACACACACACACACACACACCUAUCUCAGGACGGAAAGCCCGUAGACCUGGAACUGACCGACGAUUACUUGGAAGAGCUGAAGCUACUGAGCACCACAGAGACUCUGCAUGACGCCAACGGCUACAUACAAUUCAGAUGCCGCAAUGAACUGGAGGCUCUGGCAGCCAAGGACGGCAGGCGCAUUGCUCGCAAAGGAAGAGACGUCCGCACAAUCGCAAAGGAAAACGGUUUGCAGGCGUUGGUGGAUAUGUGUUGCUUAAAGGCCCAACAGUUUGGAGAAAACUUGAACGCACGAUCGCAGAUUCACUUCCCGCCCACUAGCGAUCGAGACCCAGACGAAGUAGCCACGGAUUACCAAUCGGCGGCCUUUUCAAGUUAUAAACUGGUCUUAAGAGGGGCCAUGAACAUCGCUGUGAAGGAACUCAGUGUGGAGCCCAGUGUUCGCAAGUAUCUGCGCGCAGUGUACUACGAUACAGUGGUGCUCAGCAUCACGCCUACGCCCAAGGGUAUUUCCACCAUUGACAACUGG